UUUUUAUUACAACUAUUAAAGAAACAAAAUGUCGAGAAAUUUUCAUCAAAAUUUUGAUUUUUUUUAUAAAAAAAGCCGAAAAUCCAAUUAAAUUCAAAUUUUGCCAAAAAUUUCCAAUCCCUCGUUUAAUACCUAGUUUAUUGUGUUUACUAAAACACGUAUUUUUUAUUAAUAUUUCUGACGAUCCUAAAAAAAUCAUGGUUAAAUUAUUUUAUUUUUUUUAUGCAAAAAAAUAUUGAAAAACUAUGUAUUGAAAACGCCCCAGGAAAACUAUUUAACCCCUUAAUGUUUAUAAUGAUUUUUUUAUUUUACAAGUUUCAGAUCUUUUUAUUAGAUAUUACAAGUUUUAGAUUUUUUUUUCAUGGCAAAAGGCUACAUUUUUAUUUAAUUUUUUGUCUAAAUCUAAGUGCUCUAGUAAUGUUUCAAUAAAUGUCAUAAAUAAACAACAGGUCAGUUUAAAUUCGUCGUCGUGGCGGGAUACUGUUUUGAGAAAUAACAAAAAAUUAGAAAAAUUAAAAAGUGACUGCAAUGGCCGAGGAGGUAGAAGUGGAAGAGACUGAGGACUUCCAUGACCUGGACGAAUUUAAUGAUGACGAAGCAGCCGGCAGUCAUGUCAGAGAGGAACGAUUCACUGUUAAGAAGUGGGUGGCACACGCAUUAUGGUCAUGGGAUGUCGCGGUGGAUAACUGCGCCAUUUGCCGUAAUCAUAUUAUGAAUCUGUGCAUUGAGUGCCAGGCGGAUCCGAAUGCAAACAAGGAUGAGUGCACAGUGGCUUGGGGCGAGUGUAACCAUGCCUUCCACUACCAUUGUAUCGCCCGGUGGCUGAAAACUCGGCUCGUCUGCCCGCUAGAUAAUAAGGAGUGGGUGUAUCAGAAGUACGGCCACUAGACAAGGGUUCGGUUCGGAUUAAAUCUGAGUACAACAUAUUUGGAAUAAUAUUAUAUAUUGAAUAUAGACUAAAUUAUAAGUGACAAGGGUUGACGAUUGUUAACAGA